AAUCCUCUCGGUUUCGUCGAUACUUCCGGGUCUGGCCCCUGAUCGUUUCCUGACUCGGUGAACCUGCUGUCAGCCACCGUCGUUCAGACGAGGACCAAAGACCGUUGAGGGUUGCAGUCAUGUCGGCAGCUGCUCCGGGGACCAGCAAGGCGGCCCACAGCGAUGCGGGCCAGAAGAAGAAGAAGGGACCCGGUGCCCUGGCCACGGCCUAUCUGGUCAUCUAUAACGUUGUUAUGACAGCGGGGUAUGUAGCGUGUUUCCUCGUGCUAAUGCUGCUCUGCCGGAGCGCGUGUCUGUUGAGUGCGCUUUGUGAGGACAGAAUAACUGGAGCAAGAUUUCCUAAUUACGGUUUUAUUUUUAGACCAUUAACCUAUAAUUUGCAUGAAGAUGUUAGUGGAGAUAGUGUUAGCGUGAUGAAAAGUUGCAUAAGUUUGAUUCGGCGUCCAUCAGUCUGCACAGAUUAACGUCAGAUGAGCAGACCUGCACCCAACAUGAACUGUGCUGACGGGUCACCACCACCGCAGACACUACACAGAAUUAAUAAGACAGAUGGUUGACUGUCUGUCUGCAGCUCAUGUACCUCCACACUGGAAGAGGGUGUCUUUUCUUAAUCCAUUCUUAGUCUAUAUUGACUAAAUUGUCCCUAUAGAACAAGUAGCAUAGCAAUGCAUAAUCAAUUACUCUGGUUAAAUGUUACAUGUAAAUUGCAUUACCUAUUGGUAUCUUUCCUAAAAAGUAUUAUAAACAGAGUCCCAGAAGUACUCUUUAAUAAACCAACAUUUUUUGCUGAGGGACUUCAGUGUAGUACUAGGCAGGCAUCAGAGGGUAGGCUCCAGCUACCUCUGUGCAGAACAGAGGUGAUAAAGAGGACUGUCCACUCCAGAGCAAUGAUGGCAUGGGAUUUAUUAUCUAACUUUUUAAUGUCAGACAUUAACAGAAGUUGCUUUAACAAACAUUUAAAGGUGUAUUUGUUUACAUAUGGAGUAUGAAAUUGAGUUCAUCUCUUCUCUCUGAUGGAUUAAGUUUUCUUGUUAUCCCUAAAAUAAGUUCUGUUUUUCUUUUUUGUGCUUUCACUUUACUUUCUUCGUCUUAUUUAUGUUUUGGUUUAUUCCAAUACAUGUUUGGUAGUGUAAUGAGUAGCCUAUUUUCUGUCUAUCUUUAACUAAUCGUACAGUUAGGGCUGGGGGAUACAGGAAAAAGUUUAUCACAAUAUAUUUUUUUCAUAUCAGUCCAUACCAAUAUAUAUCACGAUAUAAAAAAAAAAAAUAACAGUGCUUAUUGGUAGCAUGUCUUUUGCAAAACAAUAAGCUACUGCAUCUGUAAGGUCUUUUGUCGUAAGACGUUGCGCUAGAGAAAGCGGACUGAAUGGUUGGCUGUUGUCGGGGUUACAGUGCUAUGGUUGCGUGUAGCUGCAGCCUGCUACUACGCAGUUUUUUGCUACUUGGUUCUUAUUCAGCACAUGAUUGGUUCAGCAUGAAGCAGACCCGCUAUUUUAGUCUAUUGGCUAUUUUAGUCUACCAAAACACUGCAGAAUGCCGACAAUUGAAAAGCAUAUUGACCAUGUUUUAUAUUGAUAUUGAGGGAAAAUAAUUUUUGAUAUAAAUCUUAUCCUUUUAUCGCCCAGCCCUACGUACAGUCCAAGUACAAUGCUUUCAAUACUCUUCAGCUGAGCGCAGAUGUUUUGAAACUGUGUAUUUCACUCAAAUAAUACAAGGUAUCAUAUGCUCAUCUCCAGUUGUUUUUAUUUUGAUGUUUUCUUGCCUGGAACUGCUGCAGAUAAAUUAAGUGUCUCUGCAAAAAUAGGCUUCAUACACUUAAGCAAACAUUCUCAAUGAGAGGAGGAACACAUGCACAGCAGGAUGAAAUUUUGUAUUAGAAAACACAACAUACACAUGCACAGGCCUAAUCAGGGAGGUGAUAAGAGGCACCAGAUUGUCUUCUGGGAAUGACAAAAUUAAUGUGAAUCAAAAGUUUCUCGCACAGAAUUACAUCUUGUAUCUUAAAUUGAAACAUACAUGUUAAGCAUUAUUGUAAAAUAGUGAUCAUGACAGUGUUGAAGUUAAGAUUUAUGAAAUGGAUAAAUAUGUAGAUAGCAUGCAGAAAGCAAGAGUCGUAGUUCCCAACAUGCUUUUACAGAGCCUCUGCAUUACUCAUGAUUGCAUGCUCCCUCUGAUCUUUAUUCUACAGUAUGAGUGACUGCAUUGUGUUCAGUAACUAACUGUAAAUUAUUUGCAUUCUGUUGGAUUUUGUAUCAGUCUUGAUGAAACAGUAGACGUGUUAUCUCUUUUGACUUGCCCAGAGAGUGAGAAAUCUGAGUGUGUUGUAUCGCACUGGUUUUUAGACUGUUGCGCAAUUGAAUGGUUGGUGUUGUUUGCUCUCUGUUCCAACCAGUUGGGUCACAUUGUGUGUGUGUGUCUCAGUCGUCAUUGGACAGUGCUUGCUUUGUAUUGAGCACACGUCAGGGUGUCGUUCAUCCAGUUUGCUAGUUCAAAUGCAGCUUCUGCCAUCAGGGCGGCUAAGUGGGCAGUUUCUGCUCGACAGGCCUUGAUAUUGACAUUCAUGACCCAGAUUGAGAUUGAUUUAAGUAGUAGGUGCAAGUAACACACCUCAUUCUGUAAAGGCAAGUGAAAUGAAACAUGUGCUUUUACUGGCAGCUAAGUGAUAAAAAGCAUUAGAAUUCACUGUCAAAGGGAGCUUGUUUCAGUAUCAACUUCAUUCAUAGUUUCAAUUAAUUUCGCUUGAGUGAAGUAAUGUUUUUUGUACUCAAAUGUAACCAGUUGAUCCAUGAUUUGCAAUAGCAAGUCAGUCCAUACAGUUUAUUUUUGUAGCCCUACACAGACAUAAAUCACAACACUUUGUGUAAACAUAAGUGAAAAGUUAAAGCACAAGCAAUAAGGUCACUUAGCUACAUGAUAAAAAGGGCUAAGUUUUGUAAGCGUUUAUCAUAAAUGUCAAAUACUUGGUUUAUAUAAUGUGAAAAUGUGUGUCUGUGAAAAUAGAGACUGUUAUUACUAACUCUAAUUUAUGAUUUGACAUAAGAUCUUCCAGUAGAUCAUAUUUUCAAGUGUUUUUUUUUAUGUCUUUCAGGUGGCUGGUGAUAGCUGUGGGUCUGGUCAGAGCUUACCUGGCCAGAGGAAGCUACCAUGGGCUGUACUACUCCAUAGAGAAGCCCCUGAAGUUCUUUCAGACUGGAGCAGUGCUGGAGGUGAGAUCAGGACAAAAAAAUUAAAACUGCCACACUGCAUUACUGAAUGUAAAUACAGACUGUAUAUGCAGUAUAUAUAACACUGGCAGGGAUGUCAGGGUUGGCACGAAAUGGCUAAAUACUUAAGAGUUGUGACUUUAAUUGCCGGUGCCACAAUGUCUCUACUACGGGACUUCUCGCAGUGGCUCAAUAACAUUAAACCUGCACUUGAUCUUUUUGGAUGUUUUGCAGCAAGAGGCAAGUCUGGCAUCUUGAAUAACUUCCUAUUAUCUCUUCCUUCCACAGAUACUACACUGUGCUGUAGGUGAGUUUUCUUCAGUUUCUACACUCAAGGGUUCAAGGGUCAUUUAGAUAUCACUUUUCACACUUUAAUAUUUUUUAAGAAACAGAUGUGGGAAUUUAAGUUUAAGUCAAACCUGUCAACAGUGAUAAAAACAAGCACAUGUAGGAGAUCCUGUCUAUUGAUGUCACCAGCAGGGUCCCCAUUAUGUAAGUUUAUGAUGCUUAUAGCUCUGAGGGUCAAGAGCACAAAAUGACUGAACUGCGUGCAUGCAGAAAAAAAAAAAAAAAACGUUUCCACUGCGGCUGAUGGCGCUCCCAGUCACCAUAAUUAAAUCAUCAAAAGAGCAAUUUGGUGUUCAGGGUCUUUCUUAAAGAGCACCGAUGCUGUUCUAGAUACUUUGUAUGAAACAGCGCCUCGCUGAGACACUGAGGCUUUUAGUUAUUUCCACUCAUCAGUAUGUAAAGUGUGUGUUUGUGAUUCAAAUCAACCUCAUCAUGCACAAUCAAACUGUUUAUUUAGAAAUAUGAUUGAAGUGGAUUUGAUUUCAACCUAGACAAAAUCCUAGAUCUCCAGUUGUGAUGUGACGAGCUUAAAGUAUCAGAAACAUCACUGUGUCUGCUUCCAAAGACUCAACAGGUGGUUUCUGUAGAUUUCUAUGUAAUACUACAGACAUCCACAGGCUUCUUCUGUGAACUGUUCAUGAAAGAUAGACAGAAAUUCGCAGCUCUGAUGGUUUCAAAUUGCAAGAAGACAGCAGCGCUCGUCCCUGCAGCUGAGACACAGGUCAUAAUCUUUUCCUUUCAUUAUCUGGGAUUGAUGGGGGAUAAUCUGGAACCCCUUGCAGCUGCCAUCCACUCGGAGAACACACAUAAACACACACUUUAUAUUGCUCUCUGCUGGUCAGUUGAAGGUACUACAUCAGCUAUUUUUUUUUUUAUAUGGACAAAACUGGAUGUUUUGGAUGUUUCCCUGCUCCAACACACCUGAUUCAAAUGAUUAGCUCGUUAUCAAGCUCUGUAAUGGCUUAAUAACAAGCUGAUAAUUUGAAUCAGGUGUGUUGAAGCAGGGAAACAUUCAAAACAUGCAGGACAGGGGGGGCUCGAGGACUGGACUUGAGAACCACUGCCCUAAAAUGAAUGACCAAAUUAAGUCAGCAUAUAGCAUGUUUUCCUGCUCUAUAGCUAUGACUGUACAAUCUCUUCACCCACGGUCUUGGUUGCUCAUAUGAAGCAUCAGUAUUCCAGUUUCAGACAUCCAUGUCUGCAGCUAUCAUCAGUAUUCUUGCAUCCUUGUUUAAAAAAUAUCGUCUUUUGUCUCAUGUCCUUCAGGAAUCGUACCCUCCUCUGUGGUCCUGACCGGAUUCCAGGUCAUGUCUAGAGUAUUUCUCACCUGGGCCGUCACACACAGUGUCAGAGAGGUAACAACUCAUUUAAACUUUUUACAUCACAUAAAAAAACAUCAGUCUCACAUUCGGUAAUCUUUAUAACAGACUUCUAUACAUUACUCAGUUAAGUAUCUUGAAUAAUAAUGUGUUUUAUGUCCUACAAUGACCAGUUCAUGUGAUGUUUGCUCUGUUAAUAGACGGGAGAGCAGUCAAUGUGUAAGUAGCAUCAGAUGGUCUUGCUGUAGGGUUGCAGGAUUGCAUUUGUGAAUAACUCAAAAUGCUUCUGAAUACUUUGCCUUCUUUCUGUGUCGUUUGUGUAAUAAUAUACUGACAUUUUUUUCUCUAUGUGACCUUUGUUGAUGAUGUACAUUAGUAUGGCUGUGUGAUAAGAAGUGUGCUUUUCUCGUGACAUGAUAUUUGCAUCUGUUUAAACCUAACAUUUAGAUGCCAGGGACCGUCUGCCUGCAGUGUGAUCUCAUCGCUGAGCAUCUGAAACAAACAGCAUGUUUCUGGGAUGAAAAGUGUAGAGUAGUCUACAGCAGCUUGUUGAGAAGCCGCCUGUUUCUGUCUCACCAUCCUUAUUGUGUUUGGGUGUUUCUGCAGGUACAGAGUGAGGAUAGCGUGCUGCUGUUUGUCACAGCGUGGACCAUCACAGAGAUCAUCCGCUACUCAUUCUACACCUUCAGUCUGCUCAACCACCUGCCGUACCUCAUCAAAUGGGCGAGGUAAGAACAUUUGACCUCGGUGUUGUGUCGAAGCAGGAGAUUUCUGUACGUUUGUGGACCAGAUCUCAAUGCUGAUUGAAUGCUUAACGAACAUAUGAAUCAAAAGCAAAGUUAAAAUGGCCAGCGUGACACGCACCUAUAUCUGUAUAUUGUUUUUAUGUUUUUAAACAGCUGCCUUUACAUUGAUUCUUUUGCUGACAUGUCAACUUAUGUGCACUGUCCUAAUCAAAUAAAUAAAAUAAUAAUAAUCUCCAUCUUUGAGUCUUCCUAAUGGGAUUCAUCUACAUCUUCAACUGAAGCAGCUGUUGUAAAGUGCCCCCCCCCUCCCCGCGGCCUUUGUUGCUAGGUAGCAAAUGAGCCCCUUGCUAUAUCUACGUUCGACUUUCAUGUCAGUUGCUAAGAGGCGGAUAAAUCGGUUGUGUAUCUGUGGAAAAUUCAGUGAAGGAUCAGAGAAGAUUGAAGGCUGGCUUUAAGUGCUGGAACAGGAAGAGGGCGGACAUGCUGCUAUUCUCUUUGAUGUUCAUUCUCUCUGUAGAAGAACAGAGCUUCACUAAUUGUCUCCUAUGAACUAGCAAGCUGUUUUAUCAAAGGGCUAAAGCUCUGACAACUCUGACAUAAAGAAUUUAAAUGCACAGAGAGGCAGUUAAGUUUUAUUGAGGAACCUGGAUAUGACUCUAUAUUUAUGUCAGAUUCUAACAUCCAUCCUGGUUUAUACCUAUUAUCAGACAUCUGUGAAACUUUGGUAUCAUUUUUUAAGCCUACAAAUUAUCCUCUUGUACAAAUGAGCUUUUAUGAGGUACAAAUGAGCUUUUAUGAGGUAAUAAUCAUGUUUUUGUACCACUUAUCCUGAUAACUGACAACUGUAAAAUAACAAUUUGACACAUGUAAGCUAAAACUGUACCAGGUAUAAACACAGUUUAAAAAUGCCUGUAAGUUCUUACCUAACUUUUCUGAAACAUGCCGCUGGCACCAAAUUUAAACUGAGCUUCAUAAUCAUCAAGAUUAUUGUUUUUCUUCAUCCACAUUCUCUUUGCAGUGUAUUAUAUUUGUAAAGUAGACAGCAGAAGUGUUUCGUCACUGCUUUACAUGCAUAUAUUACACUGGUAAUUUUGGUGUAAACAGUAAAAAGGCAAAUCAUGCAUACAUCCUGCAGCACUUCUGUUGUUUAGAUCAGUUACAGCUUCCCCCCCGUGUUUCAGAAACAGUUAAAAGUGAAGCUUUGUUCAGUUUUUUAUUUACUUUUCCUCUUUUCUCUUUUACAAACUCCUCUCCUACAGGUACACCUUCUUCAUCGUGCUGUAUCCCAUGGGAGUAACCGGGGAACUGCUGACCAUCUAUGCAGCGCUGCCGUACGUGCAGAAGACAGGCCUGUACUCUGUUACUCUGCCCAACAAGUACAACUUCUCCUUCGACUACUACACCUUCCUCAUCCUCACAAUGAUCUCCUACAUUCCCUGUAAGUCAUCACAAAGAUUUAACUCUAUUGUAGGGACAAUAAAUAGACAGUAACAAUAUGCUAUUUCAGGGCAGUGAGACAGGUGAAUAAAUUAUAGGUUAAAAAAAGAAAAAAAGUUAGUUGUUGUAAUACCAUUUUUUGACCACAGGAGGCUCAAGUGCACCAACUUUUUACCAGUUGUGUCAGCAAGUCCUUGUUUGAAUCUACUCUUCAAACCUUUUGCCAAAGUAAAUAAGACUAAAAAUAUGGUAGCCUGCAUCAAAAAUAGAAAAAUAUAUUUAUUGACUUUAAAGUUAAAGGUGCAUUUGUAAUGAAUACACCUUUACUGUCCCAAAGUCCAGUUAAACACAAUCACCUGCUGUAACCUCAUUGCGUAAGCUGAUUUAACAUCUCUCUGAAAAUAUCAGAAAAUAUUAACAAAUUGAAAUGUACAGUAAUCUAAUGGCUGAUCAAGCGUUCAUAAUAACAAUAGUAUAUAAAAUUUAACUUGAUAGAGCUGUCAGUCAGCGUGAGAAAAGUAAAACUGUCUGAUCCCUCUCUGCCUCCUCCUCAGUGUUCCCCCAGCUUUACUUCCACAUGAUACGGCAGAGGAAGAAGGUGCUGGGCCACGUAGAGGACUACAGCAAAGUGGAGUGAUCAGAACAGCCUUCAGACGGAUCAAGGGAAAAGAAAACCAAAACAACCAACAGAAGAGGAACAAAUUCAUGUCUGCUUUAAUUCCAGCCAGUUUUUAAACUGCCCGAACUGAACCUGGCAGAAGAUCCAAUUAUCAAGCAACGUUUUUUUUUUGUUUUUUUUUUUCCAGCUGUUGUCCGGCUUAUUUAGGUGCUCACAAACCAUUAAGGAACUGUUGUUAUUUUGUUAUUGUUGUUGUUUUGUUUUCUUUUUAUUUAUAAAGAAACUUCAGGUUUCUUAGUUUAGUCGAAGAGCUUAAACCUGUAAAGAAACUUGAGCUGCUGUCUAAGCAGAACUGAAAGAUGCACUGAUAGAGUCGAUAACCUCUGUUUCAGAUGAGAUGAUAAAAACAAUCCCUUCACCUACCCAUAGCUUUUUUGGUCAUUUUUAAACAGCAGCUUUAGUUUGUAUAACGUAGAAAGAAAAAUGUGAACACUAGUUCUGAAGCUAAGUUGUCUGUUUUAUUUGUGCAUACUGUUGUCCAGAUUCAUAGUUUUGUUGUGUCACACAGAACAGUCCAGUUUGAUAACAUUCCCACUUUAGUUCAAUAAACAUUUUUCAUUUUCCGCUUGCAUGGUUUUUUAUGUUCUCUUUUUUGUGUUUGGUGUGUUUGUGAAUGGUUCAGUUGCAUUUUUAUCAGCUUUAAUUAAGUUGAUUCCCUCAGUUUACCAAUGAUGGCUGUGAGCUUGUGUCCAUUGAGCUCCUCAUUUUUUUUAUGUUUUGGUGGUUUUUAAAUUGUGCGUCUUUUCAUAUCAUGUCAUUAUUUUGUGAAGGACUUUCAGUGAUUAAAUGUGAUAGCCUGGUGUUGUCAGAUCUGGCCUAGAAACACUCAGGUUUUCUGGGAAUCGUACAAAUGUGUCUCUGCAAGAGACGAUUACACAGAUUGAGGCAAAAAAUGAAUGCUUCUUUGGGCUUGUUUUAAUGACCAAAAAAAAACAGCAUCCAGCUUGUUUAAAACAGACAAAAUAGCAGAUUUAAAGGACCUUAUGGCGGCAUUGCCACCAUGUUGGUUGUUUAUCAAUAAGCUGAAGCGGCACUCCUGUGUGGGUUCAAUAUAGCAACAGCAGGAUCCACCUCCUAGCUAAAAUUAAUAUGACCUGGUUGAUUAAUCUGGCAACGCUAGGCUAUAAAGUUAACUUUUUCUAGCUGUCUCAACCAUAGACUAUAUAUACAUAUAUGUAUAUAUAUAUUUAUAUUUAUAUACAGUCUAUUGUCUCAUCUACAAGAUGCACAACAUAUUUCAUGCCUAACAAGCUCCUAUUUGACUCUCUAAUGCGAAUACAUCAAAAAGGGCAAUGUGACAUGAGACUUUAGUGUUAUAUAGGUUAUGUGACACUCUGGCAAAAAAGAGCAGAUAGCACAACAUACAGUAGCAACAGUCUUUUCUGAUGAAAUAAGCUUUGAUACGUUACACAAAACAGAACUGCAUUGUAGCCCGAAUUCAUGUUGGAUGUUAAACUUAAUUUUGUAAUAGUGAUGAUGACACUUAACUUGAGGAAUUAACAGUUGAGUAAUUUAUUUAUUUAGAGGCCAUGUGUGCAUAAAUAAGUGACCUGUCUUUUUAGUACAGUGAACAUAAAAAGUUAUAAGGAAAGGAAACGAAUCAGAUACAUUUUUUAUUGACUGUUUAAAGCUAAUUAAUGCUUAUUACAUCAUGCGAGCUUGUGUUUUUACAUGUAUAUAAUGGAGCUUUAAUUCAGAAAUCUUGUUUUUACAUUUAGCAGAAACAAGGCUUGCAGUUUAAGUUCUUCUUUUGUUUUUUCUAUUUACCCAAAUUUCAAAGAAUAGGUUUUCAGAUAUCUCGUCAGCUGGCUUUGGACAGUUUAAGUCUGAAUUUGUAUGUGACGUUCACAUUAUCCAAAAAUGACAUAUUAAAAAAAUGAAUAGUCCUUUGCCAGGUCAGUCUGUGAAGGGGGUUAAAUUCUGAAUUUAAACACAGUUAAAGAUGAUAAAAUGUUCUCUACACAUGCAAUGAACUAGAGUUUUUAAUUCCAUCAAAAAUGUGGAAGCAUAUCCGCAAAUUUGGCUUUUCUAAAUUUAUGUCACAAAAGUAUGAACUGGCUGGCAGGUGGUGUCUUGGUGUUUUGCAGUCUGCCCUUCAAAGAAUUUUGCAAGUAUGCAGAAUCAUACUAUGCAAGGCCAACUGUGAUAUGGCGCAAACUCUCCUUCACAUUUACUGAAUUGGGAAAUCUGGAGAAGUAAAAUCUCGAGACGUUGCAUGUUUAGAUAAAGUUUGAGGUACAUUAUUUUGCAGAUUGGGUGACUCUUUAAUAGUUCACACAAAGCUGCCCUUAACACGUGUUCUUAAAAUGUCCUCUCAAAAGCAAAAACAUCCAUCAGCAUGCCUCUUUUUAAUCAUUAAAAACAUGACUGAGCAUUUUCCUUCUUAACCAUUUUUGUUUUAUUUGCUUCUGUUAUGUUUUACACUCUUUUAUUCUGUAGCAAAGUGAGCAGCUAGCAGCUGUACUGUCAAAUCUAACCUUCGUGCUCUCUCUGUAAUCUCCCACAUACAUGGUUGAGCAUGAUUUGGGAUAGGUGUUGGAAAUGUCUUGCAAGAGCAGAAGUGCAACUUGUUGUAAAACUGCAUGAAAAGGGAGAAAUCUGGAUGCCUGGAAUGAUGAUUUGUGUUACAACCUAACUUAUCCAAAAAGAAAAAAAACUACAAAAGCAUGGCAAAUGAUAUCCCAGAACUGGUUCUACUGAAUAAAGUUUUGAUACAAAUGUUUUGCAUGGGGCCAGAUGACUUUGUACAGGUAUAAUAAGUAUAUAUUUACAAUAAACCUAUGACAUGGGAAGCAUAUUCACUACUUUUUGUUAUAACCAAAUGACUUCAGCUGCAUUUCCUCCAACAGUAGGACUUAUACCUCCAAAUAUUUCUUUUCUAGGAGUUGAAAGUCUUUUUGUGUAUCCACUGGAAGACUGUUUCACUUUGCGCCUCCUACCACUCCCACCUUUGAGGUGCAAUUGUUGUUCUCUAGACCCCUCAGGCUCCUGCAAGAAGAAAAUAGCAGAUUAUCACAUGAAGAUACACACAGACAGUCACCUGUGUUAUCUUGUGAGAAGCAUAUACAACCCAAACUCUAAAUGAAUUGGGAGACAGUGGGAAUUAUUUUUAUACAAACAGGUUUUAACGGUUUGUAUAUUAUUUAAAGCCGAUAUUUAAUUGUAAAUAGUGCUAUGCUAACACAUCAAUGAGGAUAUACAAUCAUUUUAUAUUUGGUGCCUGCAACAUGUUUCACUAAAGUUAGGACAGAGGCAUCCUUAUCAGUAUUCUCUUUUAACAACACUCUGCAAAUGCUUGGAAAGCAAAGAGACCAGUUUCUGGAGUUUUAAAAGAGAAACAUCCUAUUUCUGCUUCAGCUCACAGUUCAAGGUCUCCUUCAUCAUAUUUUUUAUUAAUAGUAGGCUACCCAUGCUGUGGGCACUUAGAUACUGGCUUUUGAACUGUGCAUAGAUGAGCUGGGUAGUUCCUCACCUCUUAAGAGCAGAGCGAGCUGCAUCUGUAAUUGACAGAUGACUGUGUUUGUUUCUGUGUGUGAGAGUGCGUAUGAAUAUGAGGGUACGCGUGUGUUGCAGGGUUCCCAGAGAGACUAUAAAGGUCGUUUUCUACCAAGAUGAGUCACAUCGCUGCAGUGCUGCUCGUCAUUUCCUCCUGCUUAUCAAAGAGAGAAAAAACGUCACUGAUGGGGACUGAAUCCUCUGGAAUUAUCUGAAACACCAUUUAAGACAUCACACAAUGGUUUUUAUGACUCUUGUAAGACACUGUCAACAUAUGUGUCAAGUUAAACAAGACAAGUGAACAAAGGAUGAUACGCUGCUGUAACCUUUUCAUAGGAAUCAUCAGUCUUUUCAUUUCAACCCUUUUUCUAUACUCUUUUUGAACCAUUGUGUUUAAGGUCAGAGACCAGGCUCAGCUUUAUCAUUUGUGAAAUCUGUAUUCUGUUGACUUCAAAUGACAUUAGUUCUCCAUGAGGAUAUUUGUGUCAGUGGAAGCAUUAAUGCAAACACAACAAAUAACUAGAAAGAGUACUAAUAAAAAUACAUGUACAAGUGCAGUUUAAAAAGACCACUUAAAUGUCUCAAUAUGUAGAGGAGAGUCUGACUUUAAAUACCUGUGAAUAGAAAAAUGAAGCAAGAAAACAUAAAAGAAAUCUGAAAAAGUAUGACAGACAGAGAGAGAGAGAGAGAGAACAUGCCGUGGUUGUUGGAUGUUUUUCUCUAUGGUUAACUCUUCUAAACUUUGCACAUAUGGCAGCAUGGUCUGCCACAGGAGCAGAGAUGAAGCACCGUCCAGCUCAUCCAAACAGCUUCUCCUGUGGAUAGAAAACCUGAAAAGGACUUUUGUUUGAUGGAAAUCUUGACUGUUGAAGUUCUGGCUGCAUGCUCUGCCUUUAACAGAAGAAGUGAGGUUUAAAAACAGCGACAGAGGUUUUGUCUGAGGUCACUUCUUGCUCUAUUCUGUCCACAGAGAAUUUAUUGUGACGCACUGUAGCUGGCCUUGAGGUCAGACCAUGUUUCUAUGAAGUUAUAGAGCCUGUCCUUCAGUGUGAAAGGAGUGUAAAUACUGUAGCUGAAAUAAAUGUAGCCAGUGUAGUGCAUCUUUUAUUUCCUUUACUGUAAAAUAAGUCAAAAAUAAGUGACUCCUCUCUCUUACCAGAGUGUUUUUCUUAAUGUGUGCAUGUUGUGUGAGAUGAUUAACUGCUGAGCAUGUUCAUCCAGCACUCAGAUGAUGGCAGCAGAGCUCCAUUUAAAACCACAGGGGGGAGUUGUUGCUUUACAAGAACAUUUGUGGGGUUAGAUUUAUUAUUGUUAAAAAUUCAAAGGUCUGAAAAUCUGUUUAAUGCUAGUUUGAUCAAAUUAAUGCAGGAGGAUAAUUCAUGAUGUGUGAUGAGCCUUUGCACUAAUAUGUUUCCCCAAACUUCAAGUAACCACCACCUCUGGGUCGCAAUCAUACAAUGUUAUCCAAACUUGUCUCCAGGAUAACUCUUAGUUGCAAAUAGGACAAUAAUGAUAUCAGAUGAUAUAAUGAAACAACAUAAUCAGUCACAUUAGAAACAGCAACACAUUACUUCAUUAAUCAUCUCUGAGAGUCUAAUGAGAGAGGCUUUAAGCUCACUCACUCACUGCUACUUCAUCUCUCUCCUUACACAAGUUGUGUGGCAACUAGUGUUAUACUUCUUUUAGCACAACAUUAAUAUCUCAUGUUCUCCAAUACACUUUUUUUCAACAAUACUGUUGGUAUACAGUUGCAAAUAUACAAUUAACAUGAUAAACUUUAUGGUAUAUAAAAGUUGCUUUUCAUUCAGUUGGACAUUGUCAAGUCUGGAAAAAGUACAGCCAAUCAGAUUCACAGAAAGCAAAGAUAAAGACAAAAUAGUUUAUCUAAAUUUAUCAGUAAUUUACAUAAAAUCGUACACAUACUGAAGGAACUGCACAACUGCUUUGUACACAUGAGACUACGUAAAGCUCCUGUCAGGAGUUUUUUCACAUUCAUGAAAUCAGCUGAAAGUCAUACUGAUGCUUUUUCAUGUUAUUCACAAGCAAAUGAGCGACAACAUCGACAAUUCUUAUAGUGUAAUUUUUAAGGGCUGAAGUGAGUGUGAAGUGGUAGGUGCCAGCUGCUUCUUGUCGACAAAGCAAUCUUUGCUUUUCUUGUCCUUGGCAUGAUAAAGUACUGUUGUCUGACAGAAAAACUCAUCCUGUUAACUUUUGAGAGUCAAGCACAUCAUUUAUUGUAAUUUAUGAGGGCAUUGUAAAAAUGGCGCUUUUUCAGCUGCUUGACUGACUCCUAUCCCCCCUACAGACAGGUUUCAGGCAUUACAAAUUACUGUGUCAAAGUAGCCAAUUAUGUCAUGUAUGAUUUUGUUUGCUUUUGAACCUCAUUAAAAAACAUUCAACAUGAAUUUCAGUCUAUUUCAGAGAUGUAAAAAAAGAAAAAAAAACACAGGAGCUUUAAGAAAAAUAGUACAAAUACAAAAUUUGGAUGAUUUUUUGGUGUGAUAACUUUUAGAUCUAGGCCCAGUAUCCCAAAAAACAAUUACUCAUAUCGGGAUGUCUUGACAUGUGUAACAUUUUGGCAAUACUCUUGACUAAUAUUUUGUGAAAACAAAGUAUUUUUAUGUUUGUGUUCAUGACACUCGAAGCCUCUCCCAACCACUGAAAAGCGUUCUUUGGCGAUGAACAAGUCAGAUUAAGUGAAUAAUUCAGAUUCUUCUUAUUAUCUGGCCUUUUUUUGUGUACGUUUAACAACAUUGGACACAGCGCCUCUAGUUCAUUGUAUAAGUCAUUGUUAAAGUAUUUUAGGUUCGUGUGAGAUACUAAAGAUAAAAGGGAAGCAGCAAGCAGUCAUAAGACAAGCAGAGAAAAUAAGUUCCACGGCUUGAUUUUAGAGAGAUACUUAUCAGAUUUAUAUCAAAGUUCCCCUUUUUAUUCAUAGAGGACUGAGCUGAAAGGACGCUCCUGUUCUCCCUCUCUAACACACUCUCACCCAUGAUGUUCUCUGAAAACUGAAUUCAGCUGGAGGUGUGCCGGUCACGGCAAACACACGAGGCUGCUCGUCACAUGCCUUCAAAUACAUUCAUUAGCACUCAAUGUCAACUUCGGGGAGCCCACUGCUCUU